AUGUCGGCAGACAACGUCCACGCUUCACUCGCGGCCAACUGGGACCCCGAAAUCCUAGAAGUAUAUAUGGCCAAAACUCAGCAAGGAGAGGAGAGCGACGAAGCUAUUUCAAGCGACGAAAGUGACUCGGAUGUCGAGUUCGAAGAGGGUCCAUCCCUUUCAGCCAUUUCCGAAAUCAACAUCGAGCCUCCCAGCGAUAUUGCCUCGGAUGACUCCGCAUUCAGCAGCGAGGACGAGUUCGGUGAGCCAGAGUCUGUCAGAAAACAAGCCAUGCGGCGUGAACUUGCCCUGGGACGUCCAGGUGAAGAAAUAAUGAAAAUGCAUCUGAAAGAUCUUGCCGCCCUCCAUCUCUCUUAUAUGAAGCAGCUCGACGAUGCAGAUGAGGAGUACGCGGAGAUGACCGACCAACCUUACGUGCCAAUCGUUCGCCGAGCUCCAGUCUUGGGUUUCGACAAGCCAAUCGCCCGCGGCCCCGAUCUUCAGGAAUACAUCCUGGAUUUGCGGAAACGGUCGAAUAAAGAGGUUGUGGGCGCUGACUCGCGCAAGUUGUUUGUCGAAGAGCUGGUCGUGUUGGCCCAGGCUCUUUUCAGGCGGGAGCGUCAGAUUAAACGUUUGCAGAAUUUGUGA